AGAGGGGCUUGACGGCCAACCUCCAGCUCUGCCCCCCAAACAGCUGAGCAGGAAAACCUUGAGCCAGAUCAUCCAGGCCCACUCCCAGCAGAGCCUCCUGGACAACCACCUCAACGAGAUGUACGAUGUUCCCGUCAAUGCUGAUAAGACCACGCUAAAUGGAGUUGUCCCUCAUGAUAAUCUGGUCCUGAUCAAGAUGCGACCUGAUGAACACGGACGCUUCGGCUUCAAUGUCAAGGGUGGAGCUGACCAGAAGAUGCCCAUCAUUGUGUCUCGAGUGGCUCCGGGAACAUCAGCCGACCUGUGUGUGCCUCGCCUUAACGAGGGCGACCAGGUGGUCCUGAUUAAUGGACGGGACAUCUCUGACCACACCCAUGACCAGGUGGUCAUGUUCAUCAAAGCCAGCUGUGAGAGCCACUCUGGGGAGCUCAUUCUAUUGGUCAGACCAAACGCCAUUUAUGACGUUGUGGAGGAGAAGGUGGACUCGGAGCCAGAUUUUCAGUACAUCCCCGAGAAGUCCCCUCAGGACCCUGCUCAGCUAGACCAGCAUGCUUUGAGGGACUCCAUGGUCACACUGAAGGAAGGCCUGAGCAGUGGAGCCAUACUGGCACAGUUUGAUCAACUGUACAGGAAGAGGCCGGGAAUGACCAUGCUGUGUGCCAAAUUACCUCAGAACGUUUCCAAAAAUCGCUACAGAGACAUCUCUCCUUAUGAUGCCACGCGGGUCAUUCUUAAAAGCACAGAUGACUACAUCAAUGCAAAUUACAUCAAUAUGGAGAUUCCAGCCUCCAGUCUGAUAAACCGCUACAUAGCAUGCCAGGGCCCCCUGCCCAACACCUGCCCUGACUUCUGGCAAAUGACAUGGGAGCAGGGCUCAUCCAUGGUGGUCAUGCUGACUACGCAGGUCGAGAGGGGGCGGGUCAAGUGUCACCAGUACUGGCCCAAUCCAGACAGCAGCGCCACCUACGGAGACUUUACAGUAACGUGCCACAAUGAAGAGGGCAACUCUGCCUUCCUGGUCCGGGAGAUGACACUCAUGCACACACCGAGUGAGCAGCAGCGAGAGCUUACCCAGAUUCAGUACCUGGCUUGGCCAGACCACGGCGUUCCUGAUGACUCCACUGAUUUCCUGGACUUUGUGGCUCUGGUACGGACAAAACGGGCUGGACAGGACCACCCGAUGGUGGUACACUGCAGCGCGGGGAUUGGUCGGACAGGGGUCCUUAUCACCAUGGAGACGGCACUGUGUCUAAUGGAGUGUGGUCAGCCAGUGUAUCCUCUAGAUAUCGUCAGGACCAUGAGAGACCAGAGGGCCAUGAUGAUACAAACACCUAGCCAGUAUCGCUUUGUAUGUGAGGCCAUCCUGAGAGUCUACGAGGAGGGCCUGGUCAAACCACUCAAGACCGCCAUCUACCAGCAGAGAGGAAAGGUGGACGAAGAGAGGGAGGAGGAGAAGAAAGAGCAGCAGAAGGCAGGAGAGGGAGAAGAAACGACAGUGGCGGAGGAAGGGGAGGCGGCUGUGGUGGAGUUGCUGGAAGGAGGUCUGGACGACGAGGACGACGACGACGAAGAGGUUGAAGUGCUGGAUGUGGGAGAAGUGACGGAAGAGGACGAAGAGGAGGAGGAAGUGGAGGAGCCGAGCGUCGCGAGCGCCACCAGCGUGAACAGCGAGACCAGCGUGAACCCUGACUCUGAUCCCGCUAACCCGUGACAUUUGACCUCCGGGGGUCAUCAGGGGUCGCCAGGAGGAGGCCAGGUGGCCGGAGGAGAGAACAAAAGCACUGUUGCACUUUAUGCUGACAAAAAUGGGGGGAAAAAAGACACACAAAUGAACAAACGUGAAAAUGAUGGACAAGCUAGAAUAAAAAAAGAAAUCCAGCUGUGUUGAAUAGGUACCAUUAGGGGAAAUUGUAUGUUCAGGAUGCAGAAAAAAGUAUUCAAAGAAUGCAAAGAUAAAAGUACGAGAGAAUAAAAUGUGGAUGGGGAGUUGCUGUAGUGCCAUAAGUACGAAGGGGAAGGGCUGCCCCCAUGAAGGGUCGCCCUGUCUCCUUCUGAGCGAGUCUGCCAGACGGACCUGCCUUUUUUUAGUGUCCUUUUAGCUGAUAAAAGAGAUAUACCUUAUCUUUUGUUCCUCAGAAAGAGUAUUUAUUGUGUUUUAGUUUGUGUCAAACCCUGUCCACUGAACAAAAAAAGUGUAUGUAUGUUUGUAUGAAUCUAGAACUUCAUGCUUUCCUGAUUAAAUCUUAGAUAGUAAAGUAGUGUGAUUCCUCUUCUUCUAACUACUUCUUUAAUUUGUUUGCUUUUUUGUGGAAAGGAAAAAAACAGUGAUUUAAUUUAUUGUGCUUGGUUUCUAUCUUAGCUUUCUUGUCUAAGUUUCUGACAGCACAGACUGACAGAUGGACAGCUGAAAGCACUUCGUGUCUCACCCCUUGUUCAGUGCUGUGGCACGUUGGAUUCUUUAUUCUGCUUUGUGCUGUGUUUUUGAGCUUAACAGACACGCACGCUCUGCAGCGGCCAUUGUUUUGGCGCGGUGAAGAACAUAACUGGUUUACAAACCUCAGGGCCUGUGUUGGCUGGGCACCUCUCUUUCACUUCUGGUGUGGUCACGGCGGCUCUUUUUGCUCUAUCACUACAGACCUCCCGCUGAAAAACAGAAACUUUGACCUUUCAGCGGGGAUCGAUUCAGAACCAAUUCUCCUCACAUUGCUUAAUGUUCAAAAGCACAUUAAGGCAACACGAGAAAACAAAUGCGGUGUUGGAAGGAGAGGCCCCAGUAGACACACGGCCUCACUGAGUUACAAUCUAAGCUAUUUCCCAGCCGUCGUGGCUGAUAAAGCUAAGAAACAAGGCUGAGGUCAGUUCGUUUCUGUCUUCAAUUUCACAUGCAAUCAAUUAAAUAUUUUUUACUCAAACUUUCGGCUCACUUGCAACUGACAAAGUGGGCGUCAGGGUCCCUGGUGAAGUGUCCUUGAGCCAGACGCUGACUGCAUGUGACGCUCUGUGGCUUCCCUCCUGAUUGGUUUCCCCAGAGUAGGACAACUUAUAGCAAAUUUUGGAUCAACCCCAAAUGUGUCUUGCUUGCUUUUGCACAGGUUGGUAUGUCAGAAUCCAAAAAAACAAAUCAGAGACCAGUAUCAUUUAUUAGUUCUCAAGUAGUUGAAAGCUGCUCCAAAGUUUAUGCAAAAAUAAAGAGCUUGCUGAAAGUGAACUGACCUCAACCUUGGUGUGAAUGGUAAAAACAUGACUUUAAAGGCUCCCUCCUCUGACCUCCCCUCAUUUAAUUUUAAGUUUUUAUUUUUAAAUCUCGAGACAUUUGAAUCCUGCAAACUAGAUACACAUUUGAUCAUGGUCAGCAUUAAAUUCAGUGAGACUAGAUUUUCCAAGUAAAUACCCUCAUUAAAUACUUUUUUUCUCAGUGGGGUUCAGAGGUCACUGGAGUCGGGCUUUAAACCAACCUUUGCUUGUCUUUUUGUUUUGUUUUUCUAAAUCUGUCUGCCAGAGAACAGUUGACCGUUCAAAGAAGCAGCACAGACACAUCAUAAAACCAGGACUUUUCCUUUUUUUUUUUAAAUUAAUCUUUCCAAAUGGUACUUUAUUUUAAGGCACAUGUUGUUUUUAAGCCAAGAUGUGUUCAUGAGUGAUAAGAGACUAAGUGAUGAUUUGUAUUUUUAAUUCACAAAACCCAGCAUCAAGUUGCUUGUUGAGUGUAUUUUUUUUAUUUUUUUUUUCAAUCUUUCUUUUUAUCCAAGUACAGGUUAAGCUGCAUUGUACUUUACAUAGCAGUAUAGAAUGAAGUUGUAGUCUCUUCAUAAUCGGAGAGAUUUUUCUUAGCGGCUGCUCUGGUACCUGCUGUCAUUGGCUCCCGCCAUGGAUUCUGCUGGAAAAACCUGUAUGUGUGUGUGUGUGUGUGUGUGUGUGUGUGGACUCAGAUUUGUCUGGAUCUUUCUCUGUACCUCUCCCUUCUCCAUUUCUAACAUACUUUGUUAGCUGUCUGGUCAAAGCCUGCUUGUUCGUUAACUGGAAUGAAAGGUUGUGCCAUAAAGCCACAAACUUAAUCCAA